AUGCAGAAGACUUUGGAAACGAACGCCAACAAUGCUGCACAGUUUCAUAAGAGGCAUGAAAAUAUCAGCAUUCCGCAGCAGCAAUCGGUCCUGCUAUUGCGUGCGAUACGGCAACCAUACGAGCUGAACCCGAACUACAGGGUGCCCGAGUUGCAACAUGAGCAUGAACUCCUCGUCAAAGUCAGCGCUGUAGGACUGAAUCCCAUAGACUGGAAAGCUCCCGACUUCAACUUCGGCAUCCCUGUUCUUCCAUAUAUCUCCGGUCGGGAGCUAUCUGGCACCGUUAUCCAAGCCCCCUCAUCGUCUUCCUUCCGCAUCCAAAAAGGUGACGUUGUCAUCGUCCCAUCAACCGACUAUCGGGACUUGCGAAAGGCUGCGUUCCAGCAGUACAGUGUAGCUGCUUCAUUCAACACGAUCCGGUUGCCGAAGCACAUCUCAGUGGAGUCAGGAAGCAUACUAGGCGUUGCCUUCGUCUCAUCUGCCCUUGCCUUGGGAAUCUGUAUGGGAGUUAGCUUUGAAGGUAUUGAGGACGGACCUGAUCUGCUGUCCCUCGUCAGAUCGAUUGAACCGGAUCGGCUGCCGGCGGAUAUAAGAGCUGAGUGUUUGGAAGGCAUUCAAGAGGACGAACGAGCGCAAAGGGGAGACUUUCUUGUGAUUUGGGGCGGUAGCUCGACAUGCGCGCAUACGAUGAAACAAAUUGCACGUCUAGCAGGGCUUAAGAUCAUAUCUGUCGUCGACAGUGGCAAGCAUGGCCUAAGAUUGUCCAACCAUCCCUCUAUCCGACCAGACUUGAUAGUGGAUAGCCAUGAUCCAGAAAGAGCAGUCUCAGUCAUUCAAGCAGCGACCGGCAAUUCAGCGCGCUUGGGCUUCGAUACUCAAGGAAAGGAAAGCGCUGCAUACCUUCUUCGCGCGCUCCAAUCUCCCGAUAAGCCGGAUGCUCUACCUGCUGAUUCCUCGAAAUACUCAUCAUCUCCUAAAUCGGAUCUUCCAACGCCGCCUAGCACUCCGUCUGAUGCUCUCUCCAUCAAAGCAACUCGCUCGCAUCUUGUCGGCUUAACUGAUCUUCCGACAACAAAUAUUCCGGCCGGAUCAGCACUGCACAAUGUGCCGAUCAAGCUCUUCCAUGAGAUUCCGGAGAUCGGCGAGGCACUGAGCGCAUGGUGUGAGCGACUGUUGCUCAAGGGGUUGUUGUUGCCGCCGGACGUCGUUGGGAUUGUCAAUGGGCUCGAGGGUAUUAAUGCGGGAUUGGAUCGAUUGAGGAGGAGGGAGAUUAGUGGAGGGAGGUUGGUUGCUGUGUUGAACUGA